UGCUCUACUGUAGACAAGUCCUGCUCUACUGUUGACAAGUCCUGAUCUACUGUAGGCAAGUCCUGAUCUACUGUAGACAAGUCCUGCUACUGUAGACAAGUCCUGCUCUACUGUAGACAAGUCCUGAUCUACUGUAGACAAGUCCUGCUCUACUGUAGGCAAGUCCUGAUCUACUGUAGACAAGUCCUGAUCUACUGUAGGCAAGUCCUGAUCUACUGUAGACAAGUCCUGCUCUACUGUAGACAAGUCCUGAUCUACUGUAGGCAAGUCCUGCUCUACUGUAGGCAUGCCUUCAGCUUCUGUAAAUGAAACUUCUGCUAAUGUAUGUGAGGUUUAAGCUCUCAAAUGCUGCUGAUGAGCUCUUCAGCUACUGCAGGUGCUACUGUAAUUGAGCCUUCUGCUACUUAAGGUGAAGCUCUCUGCUACUGUAAACGAGCCUUCUGCUACUGUAGGUGAAGCUCUCUGCUACUGUAAAUGAGCCUUCUGCUACUUAAGGUGAAGCUCUCUACUACUGUAAUUGAGCCUUCUGCUACUUAAGGUGAAGCUCUCUGCUACUGUAACUGAGCCUUCUGCUACUGUAGGUGAAGCUCUCUGCUACUGUAAAUGAGCCUUCUACUGCUGUAGAAGAGUCCUGCUACAGCAUGCUACUGUAGAGGAUCAUGUCCUCCUACUAUAGAGGAUCGUGUCCUCCUACUAUAGAGGAGCGUGUCCUCCUACUGUAGAGGAUCGUGUCCUGCUACUGUAGAGGAUCGUGUCCUCCUACUAUAAAGGAUUGUGUCCUCCUACUGUAGAGGAUCGUGUCCUGCUACUGUAGAGGAUCGUGUCCUCCUACUAUAGAGGAUCGUGUCCUCCUACUAUAGAGGAUCGUGUCCUCCUACUGUAGAGGAUCAUGUUCUCCUACUAUAGAAGAGCGUCCUACUACUGUAGACAAGGGUCCUGCUACUAUAGAGGAUCGUGUCCUCCUACUAUAGAAGAGCGUCCUACUACUGUAGACCAGCGUUCUGCUACUGUAGUCGAGAGUCCUCCUACUAUAGACGAGCGUCCUGCUACUGUAGUCGAGAGUCCUCCUACUAUAGACGAGCGUCCUGCUACUGUAGUCGAGAGUCCUCCUACUGUAGACGAGCGUCCUGCUACUGUAGUUGAGAGUCCUCCUACUGUAGACGAGCGUCCUGCUACUGUAGUUGAGAGUCCUCCUACUGUAGACGAGGACCCUGCUACUGUAGUCGAGAGUCCUCCUACUGUAGACGAGCGUCCUGCUACUGUAGUCGAGAGUCCUCCUACUAUAGACGAGCGUCCUGCUACUGUAGUCGAGAGUCCUACUGUAGACGAGCGUCCUGCUACUGUAGUCGAGAGUCCUCCUACUGUAGACGAGGACCCUGCUACUGUAGUCGAGAUUCCUCCUACUGUAGACGAGGACCCUGCUACUGUAGAGGAGCGUCCUGCUGCUGAAGUGGAGUGUCCUGCUACUGUAGACGAGAGUCCUCCUACUAUAGACCAGCGUCCUGCUAUUGUAGACCUAUUGUAGAUGAGCACCCUCCCUCUCUGUUUAAAAAAAAAUAUCUCUCUUUCUAAAACUGGCUUAUAAUAGUUAACCUGCUAGUAAUUAUUGUUUAUUGCCUUCAAAAUGACAUGUAUGUAUGAAAAGAAACUACCCUCAAUUGUAAUACAUCUAAGCUACUUUCAAUGUUAUAUAAUAUACUGCUUGUCCCAACUUCUUCUUCCAAAUUCUGCAAUGUAUUUUUCCUGGUUGUUUUCUUUUCAGGUUUUAUUUCAGGAUACUGUACAUAACAUGUAACCCAUUGAUUCUGACACAUAACUUAAUGUUACUUCAGCUUCUUAAAGAGACUGGGUCUUUGGAAUUACUUAGUGAACAGUAGACAUAUCAAAAAAAAUCAACAAAACUAUUAUUUUUUUUAGCAUUUCAGUAUUAAAGUAUUUACUAUUUUUGACAUUCAACUUAUCUAGCAGGCUGGAUCUUUUAAACACAACCAAAAGUUUCCAUACUGAUAUUAAGUUUUUAAUAACCUGUACAUGUUGAUUCAGCAAAUUGUGUAGUAUAAUAAUUAUAGUUUCUAUAAAUGUUGUGAAUAUUGAAAUGUUGCCUAUUCUUUAUCUGUCGGAGGAGACCCAGCCGUCAUCAGUCGGUAUAGACAUAUGGUAUAUAUCACACCAGUACAAGUCUGGAGCACUUUUGGUUCAAUUCUCUCUCUUGCAUGUUGAUUUUAGAGUAUACAGGUGGAUUAACACUACAAUGAAACAGAAUCAGUCACACAUUUAUCACAGCAUCAUAAAUCAUGGUGUGUGGGAUAGAUCAGUUUUAAACAGAUGAAUUACGUACUUUGAUCCACAAGAUUCAAAUUAAAGUUAAAUAAAAAACACCACAGUAUAUAGUGAACAGGCCUGUACUGAUGGAUCAUUGUUUACUAAGUAAUGUUAAA